GAAGGAGAGUGCCCCCAAACGCCCGAAGUUCACUGCCAUUAAUAAGUAGACAAAAGACAGGCCGAUAUUCAUUUGUCUCAGAAAUGCAAGUGCUCAGCUGAAAACAUAGACAAAAUUUUUAAGGACAUAAUGCUAUAAAAAGCACUGCAUCUGUUAAAUGCCUGUUGUACACUUCUAAGGGAGUAUGAAGCCUUACAGUCAUUUACACUGUUUGAAAUUUAUCUAUUCAGGAGCUGGAAAAUAAUAAUAAAUCAAAAGUCACAGCUGACGGUAUGCGGUAUAUCAACCCACCAUGAUGUGCUUUGUUUGGUCAAACUACUGUUCCAAUUUGGAGGAAAGCGAAAGCGUUAAAGUUCAGGAUAGGCUAGAUAGGGGUUUCGUAUGAGCGAUAUUGGUGAGUGUUACUCCCUUUCUUUGUAUUUUUGAGUGUUUUCACAUUAGAAUAUACUAAGGCUAGUAUUUCCCUAUUUAUGUUUAGGCAAGAUUACUGAAUGUGUCACUUAUGUUACUCAAUGCACCCUUUUCGCGAACUUCCAUCUGUAACACAAAACGGCUACACAAAUCAUAUACUUCAAAGCUCUAUUGCUGAAUCACCUCUUAAUUCUCAUUUUGGAAAGUAUAGCUACAGAACUGGUAUGACAGUAACAACAGACGGUUACGUUCCUCAAGCAACGUAUCACAAUCAUGGACAUACUAACCACCAUAAUCACGUCCAUCAUGGCGUUCAGCAUCAUGUUCAUUCGGACCUUAAUAAUCUUAUUCCGUCCAGUAUCGCACAGGAAAGUGCUCAUGUACGUGUCUGGGAUGUUUGGGCCCACAACUUUCACGAAGGCAUGCGUCUUGUCCGGAGACUUGUGCGGGAAAGUCGAUAUGUCGCUGUAGAUACUGAGUUUCCAGGUGUUGUUGCAAAAGUAUUUGGUGAGUAUGCCAAUAGCUUCGAACAAGCCUACCACAAUAUAAAAGUUAACAUCGAUAUGCUGAAGCCAAUCCAAAUAGGAUUUAGUUUUUUCGAUGAAAGUGGCCAGACGAUAGAUUCCGUUUCAACUGUCCAGUUUAAUAUUAAAUGGAAUCUUGACAAUGAAAUGCAUGCUGCUGACUCUAUUCAGUUGUUAGAAGUUUCUGGAAUAGACUUUGAAAAGUUAAAGAGAACAGGAAUUGAACUUAGCGAUUUUGCAGAAGCUUUUCUUACCAGUGGUCUCCCACUUAAUGACAAGAUUACAUGGAUUGGAUUUCACAGUGCGUACGAUUUCGCUUACAUGAUGAAGAUAUGCACAGAUUGGAUGAGGAUGCCUGACAAUUUUCUGGAAUUCCAAAAGCUUUUGCUGAUUUUCUUUCCAAGAAUUGUGGAUUUAAAGUCUAUGAUGAGCGAACAUAAAUUUCCUAAGAGUGGAUUACAAGAACUAGCGGAUUUAAUGCGUGUACCACGUAUAGGCUUACAACACCAAGCCGGAAGUGAUGCAAUGCUAACAGGCGAAACAUUCUUUAGAUUCUUAGAGGAGCAUGGUGGUGGUAAAAUUGACCAAAGGGUUUUGAAUCUUGUAUAUGGAUUAAACUAUUGUCCAAAUGGUGUUUCUAAUACUUGGAUGCAAAUGAACGGCUCCAGUCCUCAACCUGAAAACGACUCUUCUACAAAUCACAAUUCACAUUCAUCGUCUAUUUAUCGUAACAAUGUUCAUAGCGCCGAUCAUUCUGGUCGCACUUCACCUGCUGACUCUACAAGUGGCCAUAAGAGUAGUUAGAGUGUCCGUAGCAAACAGGGUGUCAUAUUUCUCUUUUAUAACUUCAGACAGGUAGAUGAUGCCCCUAUUCCAAUCCAAGACUUACUGGUUAGCAUUUGUUUUCUGCAUUUUGUAACCUAGAUCUCUCUUAAUAAUAUAGCACCCAGCCUUAACUCUUUCAAUGUAAAUCACGGCUCAUCUGUGGCAGCUAACCUAAAUUGGCUGCUUAUCUUUUGCUUAGUAGUCUACUUCAACAUCCAUUCGGUCUUGUGUUUAUAUGUUUCUGUUACAUAUGAUGCUUUAAUUUUGCUUUGUUUGCUCCUACUCCCGGUAUGCUCAAACUGGUCAGAACUUUGCUGAAGCAUUUUCUUACGGCGUACCCAUGGGCAGCUAAAUGUGGCUUAUAGUUACCAAUUUUCCAUUGUGUAUUGUAUGUCUUCAGUCUGUUAUCUUGUCAUGCACCACCUGGUCAUAAUUUUGCUUUCAUUAUUCGUGGUUUUGUUAGUCCUUUUAUUCCGUUUCCCGACGCUCCAGGUAUCUGUGAUAAACUUUUCAAUGUUAUCUCCUACUUUUACUGACCUGUUUGCUUAUCGGAUGCCCAGUCGGGGGCAGUGAAAUGUUCUUUCAUCCUUUUGUGAGGUAUAUUUGUAUAAUAUUCCUGUGUGAUUGUACAGAGAUAACUUUGGGAUAAUAUGUUGUUGGAAACUAACUGAUGUGUAAAUGCAGCUAAUUAAAGUAUCAAAGUCGUUGUUAUAUAUAAUAUAUAAUAUAUAUAUUUCGCAUGAAAUUAUUUAUGCUGUCUCACUCUAUUCUGCGACUGUUGUGUUUUGAGCAAAUUAUGAAGUUAAUUUAUUUCAAAAACAAAUCUCAAGUACAUAUGUCUUGUAAAUGUGAUGAUGCUUAAAACAAUUUUACACUACAACCGGUGUUGUGUAUACUUACUUAGUUCAUCUCUAUCUCAACGCUCGAAUGUCAAUCUCACUCAUUUCAAUUUGAAGUAAAAAUUUAUCAAUCCUUAGACAUUACCUCUGUUGUAUAACUAACUAACUAACUUUGUGGAGCUAUGUUUUUUUCUCAGUGUGGAUUAGCGUACUUUGUUCAUAUAAUAAUAAUAAUAGUUUUAUUUCAUGUGUACUAAUCCAUGUAAAUACAUAAAUGUUAAAUUCUGAA